AUGUCGGAGCCAGUUGAUCGCUGCAGAAGGCGGGGCCCAUGGGAACCCGUUUCCCUUUGGCUGGAGCCAGGAAGAAAAGGCCCUGCGCUGGUAACAGCUUGGGGGGCCCCCCGGGGUGGAAGUUUUGGGGGGGCAUUGCCGCCAUCUAAACACCCCCUACCCAGCCUGGCGGAGGCUUUGAAACGGUUUGGGGCCCACACCACCCCGAGGAUAUUGGGACCAUUUGAGAACGGACUCGCACACCCUAAGGCCUGCAGUGGCGCGGGCGAGGGCCUUGGAGUUCGAGGUCUUCCUAAAGGAAAACCAGGGGCCUGGGGCCAGCUGCUCAGCCCCGCCGGACCCCCGAGGCGGAAGGCUAAGGUGGAGAAGGUAGCAUUUGGGGGUGAGCCCGGCACUUUCCCAAGGGUUAUGUUGGGCUGUGGUAAGGAAGUGGGACAGGAGGAAAAAAAUCGGACAGGCUGGGAAGGGGGGCCCAAACCCCAAAAGUCCCCCGGUUUCCCCGGCCCGACUUGGGAAGCUGCCGUUUUAACAGCAGAUGCAGGUGGAGGGUCAGUAAUGGGGAAACCAUGCCGCCUGCAGUGGGCACUGGGGCAGAGACCCUAG